AUGGCGUCGCCUUCAAAGUCUCCAACUGUGAGUUGAUUUUAAUUGAUUAAAAAUAUACGUUUAACUGCUGAAAUUGAUGCCGUGUUCAAAGUAAUUUCCGCGAAAUGCAAAAUAAUCUCUGACUCUCCAAAAAUUUAGUGAUCUUUUUCCUUUCUCUAACGGGUAUUUUUGCAUUUCGCGGAAAUUACUUUGAACACGGCAUGAUAAGAAAAAAAGUGAUUGAAAAAAAUGUAAUUUUUUUGAAAUAUAUUUAUUCGAAAAAUAUCAUAUUGAUUAUUUCAUUUGUAUCUCAAUCCGUCUUUGAUAUUUAUUUUUUUAAAUUAAUCGUCGUUCCUGUCGAAUUCAGAUUUCAUUGCCGCAAACAGAAAACAAAAAAACUCCGGAAUUGCUGGAAAUUCAAAAACAAUAUCUUUAUUUUCAAUUCGUACAAAUUAUUUUUAAACUAUUUUUCAGAAAGUUCCAAUAAAGCGCCGGCCUUCGAUAACUCCAUAUUCGGUAGAAGAUGAGACAAAUAUGUGGAAUUUUCUCUUGGAGUGAGUGUUUAAAUUUUUAAUUAAAAACUUACAUAAUUUUCCUUUUUCAGAAAAAUAAUUGAAUUUUGUAGUUUGCUCCGAAAGAAAGACGAAAAUCCGCUGGCCUAUGAAAAACAGCCGUUGGGCUCUCGUCUGUGGGAAGAUUAUGUUGACCCGCUGAACGGAACGCGUACGGUCGAUAACUUGCGAACACAGUCAGCUUCUCCCACCGGAAACUGAUUUAAACGGGUUGAAUUGCAGUUUCCGCAAGGUGAUGAUUUUCCGAUUGCAUCGUUCAAAUCUCAGUUGCGCCGACAUGAUGUACCUUUAUCGAAAGCUGCAGUUGGACUUGGAUCCUAAGCUUCAAGAACAGUUGGUUUUACCAAAAAAGUUCACAAAAAUCAGAAUUUUCGAAUUUCCCAGAAAAAAAUAUAUUUAAUUUUGGUUACCGUAGAAAACAGUGCAUACACGCAUUGCACAAAAUUCUUUUUUAUUACGACAGUUAUGAAAAUUCUCCUUUUCUGUUUCGUUUUUUUAAAUCUUGUCACUUUCAUGAUAAAUUGGCGUGUGUUUAAAAGGUUGUGAUUUUUGAUCGUUGUUUUAAAUGAAUUUAUGGGGUAUGGAUUAAUCUUCGGCCAAAUUUAUUCCUGAAAUCGUGAUUCGGAUUUUUCAUGAUUUUCUAACUUUCAUUAUCAGUGAGGAUUCUUCUUCAUAUCAUAAAAUGAUAUUUUUUCUAUAUUCAGUGUAUUUUUUGUUUUCACUAAAACAAGGUUUUAUUCACCGAACUGGGAAAAAUGUUUGAAACGGAGUUUUUGCAUUAGAUAGUGUUCCAAAAGCUUAAUCUUGAAAAAUAUCAUAGAAAUUUGAAAAUCUGUGCAGUAGUUAUUGAUUUUAAGAGUUUUUAAAAUAUUUUCAAAAGGUUUCAUUACAUUAAAAUAUUGAAAAAUAUUCUCUAAGCGUAUUUUUUCCAGAUUACAGUACCGAUUCAACUGCAAGAUCGAGACGGCGGGCAAAAAGGUGUUGGGUCACCGCGAAUUCCCCCUCGGGCAGGACAUUUUCGGGAAUCCCAAGGAAGAACCAGAGUCCCAAGCUCCGGAGGUCGAACCGAAACUUGAGCCCAAGCCAGAGCCCGAGUCCGAGCCUCGGACAAUUCAAAGACCCAGGAGAAGUUCGACGGCCAAGCGGCAACUUUUCAAGCAGAAUGAAACUUCCGAAGAAGUUGAUAAGGAGAAAAGCUCUUCUUCCAGUUCUGACGAUGAAGGUUGUGAAUUGGAAAUUUAUUUGUUUUAUAGAAUAUUUACGAAAAACAGAGCCUAAUUCGGACAUUGGUAACGCGAAAUGGGCGUUUCUGGGGACUUCUAGUCACCACUUAAGAGUGCUGACGCUACUUAAGUGGCCACUAGAAUUGCCCAGAAACGUUCGUUUCGUGUUACCAAUGUCUUAGAACCAUCUUUUUGGCUUUCGGAAACGAGCAUUUCAUUCAUUUCUACCGAGUUUGUAAGAAUCAUUACGUUUCGAAACAAGCUCUUAAUCAUUUCAUAAUCAUAUCUGUUUAAUAUGUGAUCUAAAUUUUUUUUUCACUGUUCUUGAAUUUCAAUAGAAAUAAGAAGGUGCUUGUGCAAGUUUUAAAUAUUUUUUUCGGGAAAAAAAUUCUCCGGUAGUUUUUUUGGUUAUGAUUUCAGGUUUGAAAAAUGUUUAAUAGAUAGGUUAAACGGAAAAGUAUCUUCAGGGACUCUCAGAAGAAGCUGAAAAGGUUUCGCUGAUACUGGGAAAAUUUUUAGCGGCCACUAUAGUAGUCAAAUUAGUGGCCACUGAAGGGUUUAAAAAUUAGUGGCCACUAUAGAGGUCUAAGUGCUACUACUAGACCACUAAAAAUUUUAGUGGCCACUUUAGGGGUCAAUGGAUCAACAUAACUGGUCCAAUCUGAUUGUUUUAAAAUGACCAGUUACUGAAAGAAAUACUGGAUGAAAAAGUUCUGAAGUGGCCACUAAAACGGAAAAUAGUGGCCACUAUAGAGGUGGGUUUAGUGGCCCCUUUAGUGUCCUCUCUAAGUAGUCCUUGGGGAGCCUCUAUAACGGGCCCCUAAAAAUUUUCCCAGUGUACAGAUUUUUAUAAAGAUGGAUUUCAAAAUUAUUCCCAAGAUCUUCAUCCACAAGAUCAUAAAAAGACUACACAAUAUGAGAAAAAAGGAAUAACGUUUUCUUUCUUUAGCUUCUUUCCAUCCUUCUGUACAUUUUUUUUCACAGCUUUUUCAAAAUUCGAAAAUAGAUAUAUCAUUUUCAAGAUUCCGAAGACGAAUACCAGCCGGAGACUCGCAAAAAGAAGUCCUUCCUCCAAAAUUCGGAUAAACCUGAACGAUCCAAUGAGAAAUCAUCAAAAACCACGAAAAGUUCAUCGAAAAGAAAUCAAGAUUUCUCCGACGAUAGUCCAGCUCAAACGCCGAUCAAAGGUGAACUCUUAGAUAUUGUUUUAAAUAUCAAUUUUCUUCAGAUUCACCAAAAUCUGAAAAUGAGCCUGGACCCGCUCCGCUGAAACUUCCCGCCUACCGUAUGCCGAUUUUGGAAAAACGAGCUAGUUAUAGGGUGAAUAAACUAAGGAGGAAAAGCAAAAAAAAAAUGAUAAUUGGGUUACGGUAGGUUAGCGUGGUGCAUACACAGAAUUUGGGAAGUGAAUCAGACACACACAACUUUACGACAGUUUGACAAUUUCCUUUAUUUUCCUGCUUUGUUCCUACUAAUCUUUGUUUAAAAAUAUCAAAUAUUCGUUGUAAACUCUCUUUUCCUACAGAAAAAAAUGCGAAAUGUUUGGAAAAACCGGUCGAGCGGAUCCCAUAUUCGCCGAAAGAUCACGAAAUCAUGUGGUGUUUCGUUUUCAGGUGAGAAAAUUUUUAAAUACUAUAAUUUUUUUUCAGAGCUUUACGCAAGAAUCCAGAAGAAAUGGUGCAGCAUUUUCGAUUCUGGACUUUUUAUGUCGAGGAUAUGAAAUGUGAACGAACUGCGGGAAAUGUUAGCUGCCAGUUAGUUUAAAUAUAAUAUCCAGAAUGCGUUAAAAUUAUCUCUCUCUUGCCUUUUUUUCUCUCUUCCACCUAUUUCACAAGUUCAAAAAAUAGAAAUACUAAAAGAAAUCCGAAAAAUUGAAUUUCUAAAACUUUCAAUUUUCAUCAUUUUUUUAUUACAGUUUCGUCCGUCAAAUGCUGCCAAAACUCUACCAGGCUGAAAUCCCGGCCAAAUUAUUGUUCGAACUUUACAAAGUUCUGCGAUUGUCCGUUCAAAAGGAGGAAGUUCGGUUGUGAGUUUGAAAUAAUUUUUAAAAAGAAGGAAUUUUUUUGACUUUAAUUAUUGAGGAGAAGCGAAAAUUUAGAUUUUUAAAAAAAGUUAGGUAAAAUUUGGAAAAUUAUUCUUUAAAAACUUAGGUUUUACUCGUUAGAAGCGUGUUCUGGUUCAUUAGAAAGUGUUUCGGAUCAGCUUCAGGAAUUUCUGAAAGUUUUUCUGAAUUUAACUGGAACUUAAAAGAAUACUUGUAAGCAGGAGUUUUGACAAAACGGUUUCUCAGCUUUUCUAAGAAUUUAUUUUUCACUUAAGUGGUUGGAGUAAGAGAACCUAGCUAACAUUUUUUGUCUCAAGAGCAAAUUGUUUUUGAAGUUUAUAUGAAAAAAUUUAUUAGGGUGGAGUCUAACUCCCGCUUACUUAAUUUUUGUUAUUCGCAGCUGAUUUUUAUUGAAGUCGUUCAAAAGUUUUAUAUUAGCCUUCAAGAACUACAUAUCUUAGUGCUUAUGAACUAUGGAAUUUUUGCAGCCUGAAGAACCGCUUCGACGUGAACCUAGAGCUGUCGUCGUCGCGGACGUUGGUCAACUACAAACUGGGAGACGAAGAAGACCGCGACUUCGACGUCGACGCCUACGUGGCUCGCGUCAUCGCCGUCGGCUAUCGAAGACCGGAAGACGUACCGACGGACGAAGCGCCUCCUCCGAUGCGCUCCGUCUUCAACGAACGACGUCGUCAGAUCAAGCGACGUGGCAAGAACGAGCCCGUGCCCGUCCUGCAGAUCACCGACGAUCCGGAGGAGCCCGUCAUCGAGAUCCGCGAGACCAAAAAAGGUCUCGAAACAAGAAUUGAAGAGUUUUUGGUCGCAUUUGGAAUGUCUCAGGGUUUCCUCUACAAAUUCAUGUUUUUUUGUUUCUCACAAUUUAAUUUUAAUUUUUUUUUUCUUCAUCUGUCUAAGACUCCACGGGGACUCAUAGAUCUUCUGAAAUCCUUGAACUUCUUGAAAAACGAUGUUUGAGUAGUUUUCUUCUUGAAAAUUCCUCUUUUUGUGAUUUCUUUAUGUUGAUUUUUAUGACGCCAUUAUGGAGAUUAUGGCUCUAGAAGCCGUCUUUUUAUGAAUCUGUCCUUCUUCUCCCUUCAUUUUUUUUAAAACGACGUAAAAGCUUCGGACGAAAUGACGUCAUUAUUUGCAGAAGACGCCAAGCCUCUGCUGCACCACUACUUCAAGAAGUCGUCAAAGUCGUCAACGUCUUCUGCGGCGCCCAAAAAGACGCCCAUCAUCUGCAUCGACAGCGACGAUGAGAAUUUCAAGAAAAAGACGUCGUUCUGGACGCCUACUGAAGUCAAGAAGGAAGUGAAGAGAGAGGAGCCUCUCUCGACGCCUUGCAGAAAGAAGCUGAAGCGAGAAGCGAGUGUGAUCGACGAGCUGAACCUGACCGACGAGGAGGAGGCUGAACUUCUGAAGUUCCUCCAUCGAGAGCUGAGAAGGAGCCCCGGAAGGAUCGCCGAUCCGUUCACCAGACGAGUUUGGGACAAAUUCGUGUGUAUUACGGGAUUCCCGGCGCCGGCUGAUCAGCUGGCAGUUUUGUGAGUUUAACAGGAGGGAAAAAAUAGCGAUAGUGGUCUUUUCUAUCUUCUGGGAAGGUGUUGGAAAGGUAACCAGCAGAAGGUUGGAAAGAAGCUAGAAAGUCUUGAGAAAACCUUGGGAAGGUUUCCAGUAGGUUUUUGGAAGGUUUUCAGAAGGUUAAGAAAAGAAAUUUCAUUCCAGAAGCUUGCUGAAAGGCUUCUGGAAGGUAAGUAAAGGGGUUGGGAAGGUAUGUGGAAGGCAUUAUUUGACCACUGGGAAGCUUCCAAACGCCUUCCGAGAAACCGAGAGCAGAAGCUCCCAACUUCUAUCCGAGUUUUGCCUUCUCACUACCGGGAAGAUGCUCGGAAGCUGUGUGGAAGGCGUUUGAUAGCUUGCUGGCAAGCUUCCAACCGACUUUCAAGUAACAGAAAGCAGAACUCGCCUGCCAGAAGAAAGCUGGUAGGUUUCUGGCAAGCAAAUACCUUCGAAUUACCUUAGAACACCUUCCAAAGACCUUCUCAAGACCUUCAAGCUUCCAAACUCCUUCCGAUUACCUUCCCAACACCUUUCCAGAAAUCGCCUGAGCAGUGAGUCAUAAGAAAGUUCAGCUUCUUCUCGAAUCAGGUAUAAUAUCUUCAAAGGAAUCGUCUCCAAUCUCAGUAGAUCUUUUAAUUAUAAAAGAGAACUUGAAUUAGUUGUUUUUCUUAUGGUGAAUUGAGUUUUGGGCUUAAAAAAUGGUUUUAGAGAAAGUUAUGAGCUUACUAGCAAACUAAAAAAAAUAAUAUUUUGGUACAGACCUUUUUUGAAAAAAAAAUGAUCACAUCAGGUUUUUUCAACUUUUGAGCGCUUAUAACUUUUCUCAGAGGCCACCUCGGCAGUUUUUGAGCACAGAUUUGGAAUGAGCGUGAAAAGUUGCAUCUAGUGAAUUUUGUUUGGUUUAUGAGCUCUCCGGGAAGUCCAGAUAUAUUUUAAAUAAGCAAGCGGGAAGAAUUGAAAUUAUCUGUCAUGUUUUUCUGCAACUCUGUCCAUCCUUUAUUUGAUCACUUAUUUUUUAAAUAUUUUUCUGUUGAAGCAGUGAAUAAACUAUUGUUAUCAUUAACAUGAAUCUUGCUUCAUUUCAAGUGUUCGUGACGACUUGUGCCGACGGCUGUACAAGGCUGACCUGCCUCUGCCGAUAAUCAUCGAUCUGUACAGUCAGCUCGCGUUGGAGGUCGACGCUGCUGUUGUCAGAAUGUGGGUUUUGGGAAUAUACGACUGGAAAGGAG